UUCAUCUGCAUGAUUCCCAAUCCUCAGACGAGAAGAUGGACACCGGCUCUGAGUCCCAACACACCCCGAGCUCUCUCUCCGACGAAGACCCGGAGACCACAGACCCAGUUCUCCGUCUCCAGAACCCAGAGACAAAACCCAUACUUAGAUUUAAUCCGCUCAAAAACUUAGAAAAUGAACGGCUAAGCGGAGAUUUAGAAAACUCUGUGAAAAACAUAAAAAAUGAAAAGUUAAACCCGGAGACAGAUCUUUUAGAAAACUCAGUGAAUAUAGAGAGUGAUAAUUUAAUUAAUAAUAUCAAUAGUUUAAAGAUCUCAAUAGAAAAGUCUAAUCGACCUAAGAACUUAAACCUAAGUCCAAAAUUUAGUUCAACGCUAACUUCAACGACGGACCAUCCGCUCAUGGGCUUGGCUAGUCCCGAUGAAAACUAUCCAGAUUUAAUACCAAAGAGGAAGGAAGAUGAUAAAGACUUAAGUUUGUCAAGUAUAGAAGAUGAAAAGCAUGAAACUAACGGUUUUUAUAGCCCUGAAAGGAAUACUAGUAAAAAUAACCUGUAUUUUAAUGAUAAUUUUACAACAGCUGAAAGCCAUAUCUUAAAUUCUUUAGACGUAACUAGUCCGCCUGAUGUGGCUAAGAUUGAGAAGAAGUUUCAAAGGAAUGUGGAGAAAGGGGAAAAUGGGGUCAGUAAAGGGGAAAGUGGGGUCAAGAAAGGGGAGAGUGGGGCGAAUAGGUUGGAGGUGCUGAGAGUGACGGGACAGAGCACGCCGAAGAGCAAUGAGGAGAUUCAGGAGGCUGAAGAGUUUCAUUCAGGGGUGGCAGAAUGGUGUGAGUCUCCUGCCCACAGGCCGCGACCAAACUUCGACCUUCCAAUCGAGUUGAAGACAACCAUUAAACCACCAAAUGACCUGGAUUCUCCCGACGUAGUCUCAUCAUCACAGGAAGACCGGUCAGCGUAUCAAGCGCUUCUGGAUCCUUACACGGGCAGCGUAGCCCUAAGGCCCACUCCACAGGCGAAGGGGCCCACGCAUCGCCGCAGGAUACAACUGCCUCCUGAUGAUGAUGAUCAGUGCAGUUUAGACAGCGGCAGCAUACACUCUCUGGAGUCUGAAGAGGAACCCCCGGAACCCGGGUACCACACGCCCGUCGAACAGGAACAUAGCAAAAGAUCAACAAACACCCUGAGCUCAUGCAGUGCCAGCGAGCCGAUCCCUGAGUACUCGGCUGCAGAGGAACUAAGAGACGAACGCUCGUGGCUCAGCGUGCCGCGGCCGGGCGGGCCCGCCACCUGCGACAUGAAGGUGAUCGAGCCAUACAAAAGAGUGGUAUCCCACGGCGGCUACGACGCGUCGGGCUGCGCGCUCAUAGUGUUCAGCGCCUGCCACCUGCCUGACGUGCGCCGCGCCGACUACCACUACGUCAUGGACAACCUGUUCUUAUACGUGAUAUGGACGUUAGAGCGACUGGUACCGGACAAUUACAUCUUGGUGUAUCUAUACGGCAGCGCGGGGCCGCGACGACUGCCUACUAUACAUUGGUUGAGGGAAUACUACAAACUUAUAGAUAGACGGUUACGAAAGAGUUUGAAGCAUUUAUACCUAGUACACCCCACGUACGGACUGAAAAUCUUCGUUGCAUUUACUAAAGCUUUCGUCAGCUCAAAAUUCUUCCGCAAACUAAGCUACGUGCGUAACCUGACAGAGCUAAUGACUCUUGUCCCUGUCGAGCCCAACGCUAUACCGGAACUGGUGAAGCAGUAUGACGAAGGCAAGCGGUAAACUUUGUAAUAAAUAUUGUCUUAAACACCGUAGAACUACAGUAUAAUACACGGUGUAACAUAAGGAAACCGAAUAAUUUUAACUCAUCAUAUUAGAAGAGUAAAAUGUCACAUAAACUAUUCCGGAUUUCGCCUACUUUCAGAGUUAUAAGCAUUAGAAAAAAUAACAUUUACUUUCUCAGAACAAAAUGCUAUUUUGAUGGCGAUGAUGCCUUUUUGGACAUCUAACUAUCCUUGUUGAUAGAUGUCAAAAGUAACUAGUAACUCUCUAAGAACAAAUUAAAUUAUUUUCAUAGAAAUAUAAAAUAUUAAAUUUUAUUCUUUUUGUCACUUUUUCUUUGCAUUUAUGACAUUUAUUU